AUGAGCAUGACCACAAGGGAAAUAACCAAACCAUCGUCUGAGGGGAUGACACAGACAUCCGGAGAGCCGAGAGGUGAAGAGUGGAUCCUGACAGCCCCCUCCCCUCACCCAGACCUUUCUGUCAUCCCCACCAGCAUCCAGGACGGACGAGGAUUCUCAGAGGUCCGGAAUCUGCAGCUGGUCCGGGCCGCGCUGUUCCUCCUGCUCUACAUGGUGGAUCUGACAGGGAAUCACCUCAUCAUCGCCGUCACAACCCUCUACUGUUCAGAGAUGUUCAUCGUCACGGGGAUGUCUUAUGACCGCUACGUCUCGAUGUGCUGUCUCCUUGGCUAUGAGGUCUUCAUGAACCAAGGGGCCUGUGGGAAGAUGGCGGCCGCUUACUGGCUCACAGGGAAUCUGUUUGUAGUCUUGCUUUCGGCUUCGACCUUCUCCCUGUUCCUCUGCGGUUCCCACGUCGUCCCUCAGUUCUUCUCUGUCGUCUGCUUCAUGUCCAUUGUCGUCCUGUACGCACACUCCUCCUUGAGCGUCGACCUGUUGGUGUCCGGAUUCUACACGGUAGUACCCCUGAGCCUAAACCCCCUCUUCUACAGCCUGAAGAACCGGGAAAUGAAAGCCACCAUGAGCAGGAUCCUAAAAGAUUCAUCUGCGGGAGCCCUCUCGCUGCUGAAGAUCAGCUGCUCCGAGAACCACGUCACCUUCGAUAUGAGUGUUUCUAUUGGUUCCUGUUUGGGUUUUGUGUGCUUGUUCUCCAUCAAGGCAUCAUAUGACUCCAUCUUCUCCACUGUGCCGAGGAUCCCAUCAGCCGAUAGUCAGUUGAAAGCCUUCUCCAUCUGCCUGCCUCACCUUCUGGUUGUCACCGUGUUUCGUGCUAUAUCUGCCUUCGAUCACCUCAAGCCACCAUCAGAAACUUCCCCGACCCUGGACCUUCUGGUGUCCGUGUUCUACACCGUGGUGGCCCCCGCCCUCAAUCCCUCAUCUGCAGCCUGA